UUUUUUUGUUAAAGGAAGGAAAUUCACUAACGCUUUGUUUCCAAUCUGGGUUUUGGGUAGUUACUGAAGUUGAAGAGAAAAAGAUGGCAGAACUGAGCCUUGGCAUACUUAUAGAUAUUGUUGAUGAGGAAUGGAUGAGAGAUACUCUGCCUGAUGAUGAUCUUCAACUCCCACCUGUAAUGGUUGCUCGCACUGAUGAUACUGAAGACUCAAAUCACGAGACUCAACAGGUGGAUAGCAAUACCUGGCAUGAUCUUGAAUUAAGUACUCAAUGAGGGUCUUGGAUGCUGACAAUGCUUGGUAACUCUAUGAAAAUGUUUGUCCUAAGACUUAAAUUGCUCUCUCUUUUAAUAUGUAGAACUAAGAUACCUAUGGAUCAUUCAAGAAGGUUUGCUCCUUAAUUAGAAUUGUGGAUUUU